AUGCCACGUGUCCACAUAGGACGCCCGAGCUACAACAUCCGGGAGAAGGAUAUCCAGCGCUUUUUCAGUGGCUAUGGCCGCCUUCUCGAAAUAGACCUUAAAAAGGGGUAUGUCUUUGUGGAGUUCGAAGACCGUGGCGACAAUGCCGUGUAUGGGCUGAACGGCAGGGAGCUCUGCGGCGAGCACGUGAUGGUGGAGCACGUGAGGGGGCCGCGCCGCGAGCGUGGCGGCUACAGCUACGGAAGCCGCAGUGGUGGAGGCGGAUACGGCAGUCGGAGAACCUCUGGCAGAAGUGAAUCUGGACCACCUGUACGCGCAGAAUUCAGGCUUAUUGUAGAACACCUUUCUAGUCUUUGCAGUUGGCGAGAUUUAAAGGAUUUCAUGAGACAGGCAGGUGAAGUAACCUAUGCGGAUGAUCACGAAGAACGCACAAAUGAAGGCGUCAGUGAGUUUCGCUCCUACUCGGACAUGAAGCGUACUUUGGAUAAGCUGGACGGUACAGAAAUCAAUGGGAGAAAUAUUAGACUAAUGGAAGAUAAACCACGAACAAGCCACAGGCGGUCUUAUUCUGGAAGCAGAUCAAGGUCAUGGACUAGAAGAAGGUCACGAAGUAGAAGUCGUAGGAGCAGCCGCAGUAGAUCUCGAAGUAUCUCAGAAAGUUGCUCCCGGUCCAGGUCUCGGAGCAAAGGUCGAUCACGUUCUCGUUCAAAAGGCAGGAAAUCUAGAUCAAAAAGCAAAUCUAAACCUAAGUCUGAUCGAGGCUCCCGUUUGCGCUCUCGGAGCAGAUCGAAGGAUGAAUAUGAGAAGUCUCGAAGCAGGUCUCGUUCUCCAUCUCGUUCCCCCAAAGAAAAUGGGGAAGGUGAUGUAAAGUCAAAACCUAGAUCAAGGAGCCAGUCUCAUUCCAAUUCACCCCCAAAGGCCCGUUCUGUGUCCCCUCCACCAAAAAGAGCUUCAAGAUCCCGUUCUAGAUCUCAUUCAAAGUCAAGGUCACGAUCCAGAUUGAGCUCCAGAAAUUAACCCACAACUCUGCAUUCUUUGCACACUAUUACAGAACACUUUCCUACUUGCUUAGGCAGUUACUCUUCCACGUUUGUACUGGGCCUCUUCUGCAAGAAGAAUCUCCCGAAAAAAGGGGCAUACAAAAAUUGGAUUUGUAGCCAAAUUUGAUGAAAAAGAUGAGGUCAAAGAUCCUCUCCCUUUGUAGAAUUAAGAUAACUUUGAUUUUAUAGCUUUUGAGCUAAAAUAACUUUUGUAAAGAUUAAGCUAAUUUAGUUUUGUUUGUUUUUUUAAAGUAUUUCAGCAGGAUCUGCUGCAGCGGUUUCUGUCAUUGUUAUAUUUGUUUGCUUAAUUUUAAAUUAACCGUUUCAAGCUUUGAACACUUAGGGCUUUAGAGGGAGAACCCAAUUUCCAAUUAUGUUGGCUUUUUAUAAAGCUUGAGUUAUGUAAGAUUUCAAUAAAAGUUUGCUACCAAGAUGACUGCCUUAUUGAAUAGGUCACUCUUAAAUUCCUUUAAAUAUUGAUUAUCUGCUAUCUGUGGAAAUAAUGUAAAUUCUACUUAAGUGUAAAACAAGGCAAGUCUCAGACCAGCAAUAAAUUAUUCAAUUUGGAUAACAUUAUUUUGUCCUGUUAUUCAAAUUUACCAAAGUCAUAUUGGCCCCUUAAACAGGUUAAGUUAAAAAUAAAAGAUUUUAUAGUCGAUCUGUUAUACAAUUUUGCCUAAAUUAAUAGAUUUUUAAAAUAAUGAAACCAUUUGCAAACUUAAAUUGAUUGAACUCUUCAAAAAAUAGUUCCUAUUUCUUGGGAUCUUAUCUAGCCUGGUAAUCCCACUUUCUGGAAGUGGUCGUUGUAAUUAGUGUUUUGUUAUAAUAAGGUUCCGUGGUCUCUAAUGUUUGUUAGGUAAAAAUUUCUUUGAUCAGAAAUUUGGUGUGUUAUUCAAAAUGGAAAAGCAAAUAUUGCAUUUUCUACUGAAAGAUCCUUAACAGACACUUAAAACAGAUCGCUUGAUAAAUCAGUUACUGAUUAAAUUAAAAUUCCACCUAACAAUCAGUCCCCUUUAGUUAGUGGGGUUCUGUGAUAAUUGAUUAGAUCAUCCUUGUAAAACUUUAUGUGGUUGGCUUGGAAAAAAAUUAAACAGGUUAACCCUAAACUUUUGUACUUCAUCAUGAAGGGUAAUGAAUACUGUGGGAACCAAAUUUUAUAAUACUGCAAAUUUGUAGGAGUUACUGGGUUACCAAUUAGUCCAUACAUCCGUUAAGCCUAGUUAGUUGAGAUUGCAGUUUGAGAAAUGAAUUACCAUAUAUAUAUCUAUAUAUAUAUAUCUAUAUAUAUAU